ACACAUGCGUAGCCGGUUAACCCUCUGUGUACCUCCUUUUGCAUUAGAAUUUUGCCGGCUGGACACAUCCGGUGCUAGGAUUUUAUCUAUUGGCAGUUUCAAGCUCGACUUUUGAAGGUUAAAAAUGAGGUUAUAGCCCAACUGUUCCAGCAGAUCAAAGGAGACAAAUGGAGGAAAUAAAAGCAUUGCUGAAAGAAAUCCCUGGAAGAAUAGGGUCUGCAAGUUUAAAGGAGCGAAAGCAUGUGUUUGAACAAUUGGAAAAGGCAAUCAAGACAGCAGAACUGCCCGAGCCGGCAGUGCGUGGUAUCUGCAAGCUGCUGGGCUCCACGCUGCACCGCUACCACGACCACAAGUCGCGCGCGCUGGUGGCCGGCGCCGUGCGCCAGCUGGCCACCACCCACGGCGCCGCCGCCGGCAAACACCUGCCGCCGGUGCUGGCCGAGCUGGCGCGGCCCUGCAGCGUCGCACACGCCUCUAAGACGCUGGCGGGCACCCAUCUGGCGGCGUUCUCUUGGUGCUGCACCCUUCUGGAGCUGAGUUUCGCGGCGCCGACGGCCGAACAGCGGGAGGAGUUCGCGGCGCUCGCCGGCGCCCAGGCUCGUCUGCUGGCCAGUGUGGUGGCCUCCGAGAAAUCGGCUCUCGUCAGCAGGGCCCACCGCAUGUUUUGCCAGGCACUCCGAUCGGACGCCCAGAUAGCGAGCUACGUGGAGUUUCUGUCACGCUCGGAUGUGUCGCUGCCCGACCUGGUGCUGGGUGCCCAUCUCAGCCGCUGCCUGACCGAGAGGAAGCAAACCGAGAAGAUCGCCCAGGUCAAGAAGCCGCUGCUAGCCGGCCUGGUGCGUCUGGUGGUGGGUGGCAAGAGCCGCGCGCCGCCGGCCGCCCUGCUCUACUGCGGACACGCGCUGCGCCACGUCAGCCACGCCGAGUUCUCUGGCGAGCUACUGCCGGCGCUGGGGCGCGCGCUGCUGCGCAGUCCCGAGCUGGCCGUCGGUCACACGGCCUCCAUACUGGCCGGCCUCUCGAUCGACCUCAGCCAGUACGCCGAGGAGCUGGCCAAGCCGCUCUCCACUCAGGCGCAUAGCAAGGAUGAGCGGACGCGCGAUGAGGCGGUGGGCGCGCUGGAGGCGCUGGCCGCCCGCUGCAGCGACGCCUCGGCCGUCGAGAAGCUGCUGGCUCGCCUGGUGGCCGUGCUGGACGGAGCCGACGGAAAACUGACCGUGGCCGACCAGAAGAUAGCGGUUCUCAAGGCGGUCGGCGGCGUGUCUCAGUGUUGUGUGGCCGGCAGCAGCACCCAGAGCCUGGUGUCCUCGGCUGCCGCCGCGCUGCUCAGGGUGUUUGAGCAGGAGGCUCACGAGGGCACCGUGGUGAUGGCGCUCGCCCAGCUGCGGCGGUGGUGUGCCAAAAUCACCGGACAGCCGCCGCAGCAGCUGGCCGACUGGUUCCAGACGUGUCUGGGUCAAAAGUCGGCCACCUCGGCCGUGCGCCUGGGCCAGCUACUCUGUAUGGAGACGACGUACCGUGGCGCCGCCCUGCCGGGCUUGCAGGGGCUGGCCGAGCCGCUCAACAAGACCGUGGAGCGCGCCGCUGCCAAUAGCACGCAGCUGCCCAUGGUGUCUGAGGGCGUGGUGGCCGCCCUGUUGCUCUCCCGCAUGACGGACGCCGACCCUUCCGUCAACCUCGACAGCGUCUUCAACCUGGUGCUAGACGAGAAGCGUACACUCUUCAACGAGAAGUUCAUCAACUCCGCCAGCGACGACGCCGUGGUGUGUCUCUGUCAGCUCUGUGAGCGGCUGCUGCUGACGCACGCCGAGCGACUGGGCCGGGCGCCCGGUGCGGACGGCCCGGUGGCCCGCGGUCUGGUGCUGGCGCUCUGCAGGCCGACGGCGGCCUCCGUGCGCUCGGCGGCGGCCGGCUCGGCGCGCCGUCUGUCGGCCGCUCUGGGCGGCGCCCAGCUGUCGGCGCUGCUGCUGGACCAGUGUCAGGACUACAUCAGCGCGGCCAACGUGCAGCGGUCGUCGGCGGACCGCGAGCCGACCGACCUGACCUCCGACCUGGUGGCCUACUGCCUGGCGUCUGUGUGCUCCGACAAGGCCGUGCAGCCGGCAGAGGCCGAGAUGUUGGCGCUGCGACUGCUCCAGCCGGCCCACCACCCCGCACUCGCGGCCGACCACCCGGACCUGUGGUGUCGGAUCGUCACCAAGAUGGGCCUGGAGCCGGCCGAGUUCAUCCGUCACCGUCAGACCAAUCUAGUCAAACUGUUCACCGACGACUAUCAACCCACGCCGACGUGGGAGGCGGCGUUCUCGACGCUGACGACGCUGGCCGGCGACGUGCUGCUGCCGGACGUAUCGCAGUUCGUGCUGAGCCGACUGCGCGACGAGCGCCUGAUGGCCGUCACACUGGAGGAGUUCAACAUCUAUCGCACGCCCGAGGGGACGCUGUACGACACCAGCGUCAAAGACAGCGCCAAGGAGGUGCAGUCAGGUAACAUUGCGCGUGAGAGCAAGCUGUACUCGUACAAGGAGCAGAUGGAGGAGAUUGCGCUUCGUAAGGAGUUGGAGGCGAAACGGGCUCGCGAGGGCCGCGCAGGGCCCGAGAAGCUGACGCCCAAGCAGAAGGAGGCGGUGGCCCAACAGCUAGAGAAGGAGAGCAAGAUCCGGAGCCGUGUUGCAGAGGUGGACAGCCAGUUCAGCGUGGCCGCCUCCCUGCUGCGAGGGGCGGUUGGCGGCGACCCGGCGGCCCUGCAGCAGCAAUACACAGAGCUGGUGCCGGCGCUGCUGGCCUCCCUGCAGUCAGCUCUGGCGGCGCCGGUCACCAGCCAGCUCUGGCUGCGGCUCGUCCGACUGGCCUUCGCCAAGGAGGACCACGUACUCGCUGAGACGGUGGCGCGCGUGACGCUGCGCCUGUGCGCGCCGCAGUGCGCCACGGACGCCGGCUGGGAGGCCGAGCGGCCGGCGUCGGCCGUCUACCGGCGGGUGGUGCUGGCGCUGUACGACCGCUGCUCGGCCGGGGACGGCUCGCCGCUCAGCGCGCCCGCCUUCAUCGUCUGCUUCCCGCUGCUGCGCCAUGUGCUGGAGACGGACACCGAGAACGAGGACGUGAUGAUCAAGGGACUCAAGCUGGUGGAGAUGCACGCCCAGCUGCGUGGCGAUGGUGACCUGCUGGACCCGUCCCUGCUGCCGCGAGAGGCGCUCGACAGGCUUGUCCUGCGCAUCAUCGGCACGGCGUCGGGCCGCGUGCAGCAGAAGGCGUGCGGCGCCCUGCUGGAGCUGGCAGCGGCCGCCGCCGGCGAGGAGGGCUGCGCGGUGGCCGGCAGAGCCGAGGUGCAGGUGCUGCUGGACGCUCUGCGCAGUCCGGUCGACUCGGUCCGGGAUGCCGCGCUCCGGAGCCUGGACGUUCUGGCGGACGUACUCGACUGUCUGGAGGGCUCCGACCUGUCCGCAGUGCUCGCCGAGCGGGUCUUCCUCGCACGAUUCGACGUCUCCGAGGAGAUCAAGUCGGCCGGUGAUCUGCUGUGGGAGCGCCUCUCGCUCUCCGAGGGCCCCUGGAUGAUCGCUCCGCUGCUGGAGGACGUGGUGUACCCGGAGGAGUGCGUUCAGCGGGCGGCGGCCAGCGCGCUGGCCAGUCUGGUGGACGGACACAGAGACCAGACCGCGCCCGUGCUGGACCGGCUGCUGGCGCUGUACGAGGACAAACUGCAGAUGACUCCGCCUGUACUGGACCAAUUCGGCCGGGUGGUGGAGGAGUCUUUGGAUAUCUGGCAGCCCCGCGUCGGUGUGGCGCUCGCCCUCAAAGCCAUUGGACCGUUCUGCACUGACGACCUCAUCGCAAAGAUCAUGUCGUUUUUCGUACCGACCGGCCUGGGUGACCGCGCGGCCGACGUCCGAAACGGAAUGCUCUCGGCGGCUCUCACCUGCGUCGAGGCUAACGGGAAGGAGGCGGCCACCAGUCUGCUGCCCGUGUUUGACGAGUUCCUGGACUCGGCGCCGGCCACGCAGAACUACGACUCUGUCCGCCAGUCGGUCGUCAUCCUGAUGGGAUCGCUGGCCAAACAUCUCAGCAAGACGGACCCCAAGGUGAAGCCGAUCGUCACCAAGCUGAUCCAGGCGCUGGACACGCCCUCCGAACAGGUACAAACCUCCGUGGCGUCCUGUCUGCCGGCGCUGGUGCCCGCCAUCAAGGAGGACGCUCCGGCCAUGGUCCGUCAGAUGCUCGGCCGUCUGCUCGAGUCGGAUAAGUUCUCCCAGCGGCGCGGCGCCGCGUACGGUAUCGCCGGCCUUGUCAAGGGCCUGGGCAUCCUGGCGCUCAAACAGCUGGAGAUCAUGACGGUGCUCAUCAACGCCAUUCAGGACAAGAAGGACUGCAAGAAGCGAGAGGGUGCGCUGUUUGCCUUCACCAUGCUGUGCAACAUGCUGGGCCGCCUGUUCGAGCCGUAUAUCGUACACGUGCUGCCGCACCUGCUGCUCUGCUACGGCGACUCCAACUCGUACGUGCGUGAGGCCACUGACGAGACGGCGCGUGCCGUCAUGUCCAACCUGUCUGCGCACGGAGUGAAGCUGGUGCUGCCCUCGCUGCUGGCCGCCCUGGAGGAGGACUCGUGGAGGACCAAGGCCGGCUCCGUGGAGCUGCUGGGCUCGAUGGCGUUCUGCGCGCCCAAGCAGCUCUCGUCCUGUCUGCCGAGCAUCGUGCCACAGCUGAUCGAGGUGCUGGGAGACUCCCACCAGCGGGUGCAGCGGGCUGGCGCACAGGCACUCAAACAGAUCGGCUCCGUCAUCAGGAACCCCGAGAUCCAGGCGAUCGUUCCGACGCUGCUGUCGGCGCUGCAGGACCCGGCCAACCGCACCUCGCUGGCGCUGACCAUCCUCAUCGACACCAAGUUCGUGCACGUCAUUGACGCGCCGUCGCUGGCGCUCAUCAUGCCCGUGGUGCAGCGCGCCUUCCAGGACCGCUCCACCGAGGUGCGCAAGAUGGCUGCGCAGAUCAUUGGGAACAUGUACUCUCUGACAGACCAGAAGGACCUGGCGCCCUACCUGCCGGGCAUCAUCCCCGGCCUCAAGUCGUCGCUGCUCGACCCGGUGCCCGAGGUGCGCAGCAAGUCCGCUCGCGCGCUGGGCGCCAUGGUGCGCGGUAUCGGCGAGUCGUCGUUCGAGGACCUGCUGCCGUGGCUGAUGCAGACGCUGACCUCCGAGCAGAGCUCUGUGGACCGCUCGGGCGCCGCGCAGGGUCUCAGCGAGGUGGUCGGAGGACUGGGCGUCCAGAAACUGCACAAACUCAUGCCGGACAUCAUCGCCACGGCCUCUCGGACGGACAUCGCGCCGCACGUCAAGGACGGCUACAUUAUGAUGUUCAUCUACAUGCCAAUGGUGUUCCAGGAGGAGUUUACCCCCUACAUCGGACAGAUCAUCCCGGCCAUCCUCAAGGCGCUGUCCGACGAGACCGAGUUUGUGCGCGACACGGCGCUGAAGGCCGGCCAGCGGAUCGUGCACACGUACGCCGCCUCGGCCAUCCAGCUACUGCUGCCCGAGCUCGAGACGGGCAUGUUCGACGACAACUGGCGCAUUCGACACAGCUCCAUCAAACUGCUGGGAGACCUGCUGUACCAGAUCUCCGGCGUCUCGGGUAAGAUGAGCACGGAGACUGCCGGCGACGACGACAACUUCGGCACGGAGCAGAGCCAGCAGAGUAUCAUCAAGAUCCUGGGCCCGGAGCGUCGGAACCGCGUGCUCUCCGGACUGUACAUGGGCCGCUCGGACGUUGCGCUGAUGGUGCGCCAGAACUCGCUGCACGUGUGGAAGAUCGUGGUGCCCAACACGCCGCGCACGCUGCGCGAGAUCCUGCCGACGCUGUUCACCCUGCUGCUCGGCCACCUGGCCAGCACCAGCCACGACAAGCGGCAGGUGGCGGCCCGCACGCUCGGCGACCUGGUGCGGAAGCUGGGUGAGCGCGUGCUGCCGGAGAUCAUCCCUAUCCUGGAGCGCGGCCUGGAGUCUGAGGAGGCCGACCAGCGCCAGGGCGUCUGUAUCGGACUUAGCGAGAUCAUGUCCUCCACUAGCAAGGAUAUGGUGCUGGCCUUCGUGGACAGCCUGGUGCCCACAGUGCGGAAGGCUCUGUCGGACCCUCUGCCGGAGGUGCGCGCCGCCGCCGCACAGACGUUCGACUCGCUGCACAACACGGUGGGCACGCGCGCCCUGGACGAGAUCCUGCCGCCGCUGAUGGAGCAGCUCAGCCAGCCCGACCAGGCGGAGUACGUGCUGGACGGCCUGCGUCAGGUGAUGACCAUCAAGUCGCGGGUCGUCCUGCCGUACCUAGUGCCGCAGCUCGUAGCGCCGCCCGUCAACACCAAGGCGCUCAGCAUCCUGGCCUCGGUGGCCGGCGACGCGCUGACACGCCACCUCAACCGCAUCCUACCGGCGCUUAUGUCGGCCAUGGGCGACGCCGAGCCGGGCGAGGCGGCUGCCGAGCAGGCCGGCUACUGCCAGUCGGUGAUCCUCUCCGUCACAGAGCCGGCCGGCGUGCGUGUCGUUAUCGACGAGCUGCUGGAGGCGACGCGCGCCGGUUCGACGCCGCGCCGGCGCGCCGCCGCCGCGCUGCUGGCCUCGUUCUGCGGCCAGACGCGCGCAGAGUACGAGCAGCACGUGUCACAGCUGCUGCGCGGACUGACGCACCUCUUCAUCGACGAGGACGACAAGCUGCUCCAGUCUGCCUGGGAGGGUCUGAGCGCCGUCAUCAAGCGACUGGAGUUGGACGACGAGCACAGCUACUACAUCCCGGACGUGCGGCAGGCGGUCCGCUUCGCCGCCAGCGACCUCAAGGGACGCGACCUCAUGCCCGGAUUCUGUCUGGCCAAGGGCAUCACGCCGAUCCUGCCGAUAUUCCGCGAGGCGGUGCUGAACGGCGCUCCGGAGCUGAAGGAGUCCGCGGCGCUCGGACUGGCCGAGAUCAUCCGCCUGACGUCGGCGGCGGCGCUGCGCACCAGUGUGGUGCACAUCACCGGGCCGCUGAUCCGCAUCCUGGGCGACCGGUUCGCCUGGAACGUCAAGGUGGCCGUGCUCGAGUGUCUGGCGCUGCUGCUGGAGAAGGUGGGCCUGAUGCUGAAGCCGUUCCUGCCGCAGCUGCAGACCACCUUCCUGAAGGCGCUCAGCGACCCGCACAAGCAGGUGCGCCUGCGCGCCGCCACGGCGCUCGGUCGGCUCAUACCGAUCCACACGCGAGUGGACCCGCUGUUCACUGAGCUGCACACCAGCAUCCGCACCGCAGAGGACACCGGCGUCAGGGACACCACACUGCAGGCGCUGCGGAACCUGGUCGGCCCGGCCGGAGACAAGAUGAGUGACGCGGUGCGCUCGCCGGUGCUGACCACCCUGCUGGAGCUGCUGUCGCACCCCGAGGAGAGCACGCGGCUGGCGGCGGCCGGCUGCCUGGGCACCCUGUGCCGCUGGCUGCCUGCCGAUGAGCUGCAUGUCGCCUACCGGGACACAAUGCUAGAUGACGACGCGAUGCUGGACUGGACGGUGCGCCACGGCCGGAGCGCGGCGCUGUACGUGGCUCUGAAGAGCGCGCCCGAUCAGGUGCUCACAGAGGACUGGGAGAAAAAGACGGCCAGGGUGAUCGUCAACUACAUGCAGUCUGACCGUCCGCCGCUGGUGAUGAACGGUUUGCGGGCGGCCGGCUACAUGCUGCGCCACCAGCUGGCCGCAGGACGGGCCGCCGGCUCCCCGCUGGCCACGCCGCUCGUCAGGGCCAUCAACAACAACAGCAACGAGGUGAAGCAGUUGUCCGCACAGGUGGUGGAGCUACUGGCCGUCAGCCGCGAGCAGCCGCUGCCCGCAGAGCUGGCGCGACUCGUCAUCCCGAUGCUGGUUAACGGCACCAAGGAGAAGAACACGGUUGUGCGCACUUGCGCCGAGAGCGCGCUCGUGGCGGUGCUCAGGCUCAAGGAAGGCGAGGCGACGCAAGAGGAGAUGCUGGCGAUGCUCGACUCUGGCGCGCGCGACUCGCUUCAGGAAGUGAUCAGUAAGGUGUUGCGGAAGGACGUGACGGCCGUCCAGCAGAUUCGUGAUCUCGACGAGACGCUGAUCAGCUGAUAUCGCCGCGCCGCGUACCAAGUGAUUUAUAUUGAGAAUGAAAUACAGAGGGGGUUCUUUGG